GGCAUCUCCCGACGCGCACGCGCAGUUGUUUGUAAACCCGGAAGCGGCUAAGGCAGAGGGAAGAUAACUGGGAUUGUUGGUCUUUCUCAUUUAAACCCAGCAUCUCCGCCCACGGUCCCGUACAGGACGACGGAGUGUGACAUUUUUCAACAUUUUAAGGUCCUUCUGCCCAUGACUGUGGAAGCAAGACAUAUUCUCAAGAGACAGGUGUGAUUCCUCAACAUAUGUUCCCCCGUGAAAACAACCCAGAGCAGGAGGAGGAAGAGGACAACAUGGCUGCUCCUCAGGGUCAGUUGACCUUCAGUGAUGUGGCCAUAGAAUUCUCUCAGGAGGAGUGGGCGUGCCUGGACCCAGCUCAGCGGGAACUGUACAGGGACGUGAUGUUGCAGAACUACAGGAACCUGGUGUUCCUGGGUCUUGUUAUGUCUAAGCCAGACCUGGUCACCUUUUUGGAGCACAUGAUGGAGCCCUGGGAGUUGAAGAGAAAAGAAACAAUAUCCAGCCAGCCAGUUAUGUCUUCUCAAGUCACCCAGGGCUUGUUACCAAAACCAGGCAUCGAAAAUUCAUAUUGGAAUAUGCUACAGGCAUUUGAUACCGAAGAGAAGCCUUAUAAAUGUGGAGAAUGUGGCAAAGCCUAUAAAUGGUAUUCAAGCCUUACCAGUCAUCAGAGACUACAUUCUGGAGAGAAGCCUUAUAAAUGUAGGGAAUGUGGCAAAGCCUUUAGCAAAUCUUCGAGCCUUACCAGUCAUCGGAGAAUUCAUUCUGGAGAGAAGCCUUAUAAAUGUAAAGAAUGUGGCAAAACUUUUACCCAGAGCUCAAAUCUUGCUCAACAUCAGAAAAUUCAUUCUGGAGAGAAGCCUUAUAAAUGUGGAGAAUGUGGCAAAGCCUUUAUCUCAAGCUCACAUCUGACUCGACAUCAGAUGAUUCAUUCUGGAGAGAAGCCUUAUAAAUGUAGAGAAUGUGGCUUUGCCUUUAACCGGUGUUCAACCCUUACUCGACAUCAGAGGAUUCAUUCUGGAGAGAAGCCUUAUAAGUGUAGAGAAUGUGGUAAAGCCUUUAUUCGGAGCUCAAAUCUUACUCAACACCAGAGAAUUCAUUCUGGAGAGAAGCCUUAUAAAUGUAGAGAAUGUGGCAAAGCCUUUAUCUGGCCCUCACAACUUAUGCAACAUCAGAGAAUUCAUACUGGAGAGAAGCCUUAAAAUGUAGAGAAUGUGACUAAGCCUUUAACAAUUCUUCAAGUCUCAUGGACCAUUAGAAAAUUCAUACUUGGGAGAAGCCUUAUAAAUGUAGAGAAUGUGGCAAAGCCUUUACCCACCACUCAAAUCUUACCAAACAUGAGACUGCAUACCUGAGAGAAGCUUUACAAAUGUGAAGAGUGUGACAAAGCCUUUAACCUCUGCUCUUCAAUAUUGGGGAAUUCAUACUGGAUAGGAGCAAUACAAAUAUAAAGAAUAUGGAAAAACCUUUAACCAUUGCCCAAACCUCACUAAAUAUCAAGUAAUUCAUACCAGAGAGAACCAUUACAAGUGUAGAGAAUUUGGCAACACCUUUUCCCAGUGUUGGAACCAUAGUCAAUAUCACAUGAUUCAUGCCCGACUGAAAUGAUACAAAUUUAAAGAAUUUGGCAAAACUUUUAACUAUUUAUCAAGCCUCACUGAACUUUAGUGAAUUCAUACUGAAUAGAAACCAUGCAAAUAUAAAGUCAAUAACACUUUUCAAAUAUGCCUUUUAAAUCAGAAUACUUAUUUUAGAGAAUCCAGUAAGAAAGUUAUAUGAUUUUCUAGUAUGAAUGAAAAUACCAAGGGCAUGGAUGUUUGAAAAAAUGUAAUUUCCUACACUGUAUCCUUUUUAUUAUGACAGUAUUUGUGAUUUUUUGAAACACAAAUAGUAAUGUGAUUUAAAUCUAAAUUCAUUUGAUGCUUCUGUGAAUGCUUGUAAUGUGUAUUUUGACCAGUGGGUCUGUAAUGCGAAUUGUCUUCUGUGCAUUCUAUUGAAUUUCUUUCUCCCUAAUCUGAUGACUUUGGGUUUGACAAUCUCUCAUGGCAAUUCCAUUGUGUUUACAUUCGUGUCUCAUGUAAAACCUACCAUAUGUUUUCCUUGUUCCAUAGAAUAUGUGUGGACUUUAUAUAUUCUCAUUCAUAAAACGUUUUAUUUAUUUA